CCCGCCCGCCUGGCGAUCCUGGGCGCUCGUAGCCCCGCGGGCUGGGGCUUCUGAUUGGCUGUUGCUAGGUGACGUUGCCUGGGUUCACGUGACAAGUGUUAAAUGCCCACCCUGCAGGAGCCCGCCCCGCAGACAAUCGUAAAGCCGCAGCGGGCUGCUCACCUGCUCCCGCCUCCCGGAGCCCCCGGCCCAGCCCCGCCACCCCCGACCCCCCUCCACUGCCGGCCCCGCCCGAGCCUACGUCGGGCAAGAAGCCGAACGGGCCGAGAGGCGGAAAGAGGAUGAGGCCGACGGCGGCUGUCCCGAGCUGUGCACUGUGAUCGCCUCCCCCGGAGGAGGAGUUGCCUAGGCUAGACCAUUGCCACAUUUCUUGUUUUCCUUCCUACCCACCCACCCCGGUAUUACAUUGGCUGCUGGAGGGGACCGGGAGAGACGGAGGAGGCGCCUCGCUUCCCCCCUCGCGCCCGCCACCCCUGCUCUUCCCCGUCCCGGGCCAGGAUGACUGGAGUCUUUGACAGUUUGGUGGCUGAUAUGCACUCGACCCAGAUCACGGCCUCCAGCACGUUCCACCAGCCCCAGCAGCCCCCGAGCGGAGGCGGCGCGGGGCCCGGCAGCAGCCUUCACAAGCCCCAGGAGUCGCCGACCCUCCCGGUGUCCACGGCUACCGACAGCAGCUACUACACCAACCAGCAGCACCCGGCGGGCGGCGGCGGCGGCGGGGGCUCGCCCUACCCGAACAUGGGUUCCUACCAGUACCACGCCAGCGGCCUCAGCAACGUCCCUUAUUCCACCAAGAGUGGCUACGACCUGGGAUACACCGCCUACACCUCUUACGCGCCCUAUGGGACAAGUUCGUCCCCGGCCAACAACGAACCUGAGAAAGAGGACCUGGAGCCCGAAAUUCGGAUCGUGAACGGGAAGCCAAAGAAAGUCCGGAAACCCCGCACCAUCUACUCCAGCUUCCAGCUGGCGGCUCUUCAGCGGCGUUUCCAAAAGACUCAGUACCUGGCGCUGCCCGAGCGAGCUGAGCUGGCCGCGUCCCUGGGCCUCACCCAGACUCAGGUGAGCGCUCGCGGAGUCUCAGGCACCCUGGAGAUGAAACCGUCGCUUUCGGGACAGUGGUUACUUCUGGCCCUGGAACCUGACCGAAUCUAA